UUACAGGAUUCCCCCCGGGGCGAAGCCGAUGGUCAGUCAUUCAUUUUCCCUGCCAUUAAUGAAACAAGCACAAGUAGUAGUAGCGGUGGUGGGGGCAGCAGCACAGGUGAUAGCGCAGGUGGUAGUAGUACUGCAACAAGUGCCACAACAACCACAAGCAGUUCUGGUGCCACAGGCAACAAUAGUAACAAUGCACUGAAUAGCAAUAAUAGAAACAAAAGCCUAGGUAACCAUCUAACACUAAACACAGGUGAACGUCGUAAUUCACUCUACUGUGAUACACUACAUGCAGGUGACUCAGGUAUUGAUUCAGUGCAAGCCUCGCCAUCGCCAAAUGCACUACCUCCACCUCCAGGUACUUCGCUACUUAUUGGUAACAUAACAGGUGGCUCUUGCAAUGUAUCGCCUGCCACCACUCCAACGCAUGGUUCACCAAAUCUCUCCUUGGGUUGUGGACGUAUGGGUGCACGGGCCAGCAUAAGUGUAGGCGCUCCAAAUUACCGAAGAAAAUCAAGCGCUUUACUGCAUCCAGAUCAUGCACGUCUAUUUGCGCUACGCAUGAAACAUGCAGCAGCAUUGGAACGUGCACAAACUUCACCAGAUCAAACAUCCAUUGAAGAUACGACUGAAUUCCAUGACAAUGGCCUCGCUACAAAUUUACGUUUAUGUUCGGCAUCAUCAUCGACAACAUCGUCACUAACAUCGGUCGCCGCGGUUAGUCUUGGCGGCGGUAUCGGUGUUGCGUGUUCUUCUUCAUCCUCUGCUGCCGCAGCAGCUGCACUGGCUGCUGCUGCCGGAGCGGGGACACAGCAACGCGUCUCCGAUCCAUGGUUGUUGCCUCAAUCUGAUCGAGAGCAAGACUCCAGACAUCAUGGGCGACGCCGUUCCUCAACAGCAACGGCACGUUUGUCGCUCUUCGAUGCAUUGGAUUUGGAGUAUGCGCUACUGCGUGCAGCGGCGCGUGGUUCUGUUGGACCAUAUUCGUUAAGUGAAUCCAUACAUAAACUAACAUUUACACAAUCAUUAGCGUUUCCGGCACUCGCGCGUGGUCUGGCCACAAAACGUAGACGUUCCGCUACUUAUACGAGUUCGCGGCCGCUCAAUCCAAAUGAAUCCGGUUUGAAUACCUGCGCUAAAGUCAUCACCGCCGUCAUUUUAGUUGGUAUAUCCUUUAUGGUAUUUUUUGUGGUAUACAAAUUUGUGCGGACGUGAGGUUUACUCCUGGCUCCGACAGAUUUUCCCGUCACAUAUCAAAAUGCAUAUCCACUCACAACGGGAAACGCUAAUGCCACUAAGCAACUGUCGGGGCUCAGGAGAGUCUUGGGUCUUAAAGAACGAAAUUAAAAACAAAAAAUAAUUAAAUAAAAAUCAAAGUGAAAAAAGAAAUCGGAAGUAGGUGCAAUAAAGAAAAUGCACAGAGAAGCGCAAAAUGUGAGAAUUGUGAUAAAAAAAAAAAU